UCGGUGUGCUGUAUACGAUUAUCACGUUUGUAAAGGUUAUAAAAUUUUGAGAACAAGUUCAUUUAAUAAAAAACUAAAAUAGAAAUGGAAGAAGAUCCUGUUGUAAAAGAGAUACCUGUAUUUUUGUCUAAGACUUUGCAAGAUAAACUAUAUUUAGUUCAGUAUCCUUUGCUUCCUAUGAGGGAUGGCUCUGAGAAUUUUACAGUCUUAAAAUCUUCCUUCAAACCUGAGAAUCAAGAAUUACAGCUUGAACUUGAAGUUGAUGUAGAGAAUAACAAUUAUGAUCAAAUCAAAGGAGCACAAUUCAUCCUUAAUGCCAAGAAUGAAUCUAAAAAAAACGAAAGUAUAUAUGACAGUGACCUGCUAGACAAGACGAUACUAUCUUCAGCGCAGUCAGUGGUAGACUGCACAAAUUAUGCAAUUGGAAUCUUUCAAAAUGAGGAAUUUCACAUUACACCGGUAAAAGGAAUUUUGGAAAUGAGGCCGCAAUUCGAUUACUUGGAAAAGGGCGACAAACGUGCCAAGGACGAAACAAAGGCCUCAGGAGAAGACAGCAACGAUGAAGAAGAAAAUGCCGCUCCGGUGAAAGUGACGUUUGCUAGACACCAAUCAGACCACGUAAAGAAGUUUCAGGAGCAGUCCUUCCAAUUUAAUUCGAAGAAAAAACCAGAAUGCUGCAUACAAACGACAUACAUACCAAUGCAUGCACCAGAAGCUCAUUUAACGCGGAUACAAAUGUUCUGUCCGUCACGCGAUAUGAUGGUGCACAGUCUGAAUUUAUCGCCACAGGAAUAUCUAGACCUGCUGAUACCUCCCAGAUCGCAGCAUAGCAUGACAUUCCUUGAACAAGUAAAGAUGUUGCCAUUGGAGGAACAAGUCAGGAUCCUCAUGAAAAAAUCAGGAAUCUUGUCCUUCAAGAAUUUACGUUCGAUGAUAUCGGAUCACAACGUGACAGAUGCGCUCAAUUACGUGCAAAAGGCGGCGGUGUUGGUACAGGGUAAUUGGAUCGUGAAAAGUGAACUGAUCUAUCCUAAGGACUUUACUUCUUCGCAGAACGGCAUACCCGGCGAAGUCAUGUGCAGAGCACGCGAUUACAUAUUAUUAUGCUUCACGGAGCGUCCGUACAUCAAGCGCGAUCAAUUGUCGACCUUUGUCAAAGUGCCGUUGGCAGAAGUGAAUGAGAUCUUGGAAGUUAUAGCCACGAAGGAAUUCAAGGAAGGUUGGAAGUUAAUGUUACCGCCUGAUUGGGAGUUUUGCAAAAGGUUUCCGGAGCAAACCGAACGGCAGAGAAUAUUCUGGGAUGCGAGGCGGAAGUAUUUGACUGAGAGUCAUGCGCCACCGCGCCAACGCCGGAAGUCAAGUCGGGAAUCAUUGGGUUCGGAAAACGAAGAGAGAAACGUCGGUCGUGGCAGGAAGUCGCACAGGGACUCGUCCCUGUCGGACAACGACGGCACCGUUGAGCCCGUUAAGCCCAAGAAAACUAGUUCUAGGAAAAAUUCCGAGACUACCACUACGUGACCAAGACCAGUGCGUUGAGGUAGAAACUUUUCUGUUUCAUUCGCUGCGAUCGUCAUUACCAAGCAUGUUGUUCGCGAUUUUCACGGAUUUGGCGCAAAAGUCGGAGAUGCAUCACCAUGUUUCACAUCUGAGCAAUGACUGUGGUAUGUUGUGCGUGUAAAUAUGGUAUAGAAUGUACGCUAGAUUUAUUUAUGUCUUGCGUGAUAACGUAUAGAGUACAUACAAGUGCGGUAUAUCGCGCCGCAUUUGUACGUGUGUAUUUUAUUGCCACAUUGUACACACAAAUAUAGAAUAUGUCAGGGGAUACACUGUACUAUAUCAUAUUGAUACAUAAAACUUUCAAUAUCCCUGAUUCUGGGGCGUCCCUGUACAUUUUGUCAUUGAUGACUAAUCAUUGAAAGAUUUGUUUGAAACGCACCACGCGUGUUGUUUGUCGGAUCUCAUCAGGGAUAAGAGACGCCUCGCAUACGACUGAUCUUCUUUUAUAUCUCUUAGAAUAACUGUUAUUAUAAUUCAAACGAUUUAGAGAUAUACAAAUGAUGUUUUAGGAUUCUAAUGCUCAUGCAUCUCUGAAUG